AUGAUAUCGUAUUCAUUCAUUGACAGCCAGGAGGUGAAUGCUUUUAAUACAAACUUUGCGGACAAGACCAGGACAAGCCGCCGGUCGAUUAAAUCCUGCGGGGAAUGCAGGAGAAGGAAGCAAAAGUGCGACCAAGAGCAGCCGUGUAACAAUUGCAGGCGAAGGUUCCCAGAGCCAGUAUGCGACUAUGGGUCCUGCAGAUCAGCCGCCCCCGCGUUUGCAAUAACUCCGAAGGCUGAGGCUCUUUUGACGCCCAGUCCGUCGUCGGGCAGCCUGGUUGCAUCGCGGAAGCAAGCACCCUGGGUGCCGAUUGAACAUUUUGGCAUCGCUUCCAAAGUAUUGGGUCGCGAGAAGUACACGUUGACCCUGAACCCAUCAUCUCAAGGACAGGCCAGGGGAUCUGCUCGAUCGCAGGACGACCAGGAUGUGUCGGCAUCAAAGAAGGUUUUGGUUGCUAUGCAGCUUGACGGUGUCGUGUAUCAAUGCCACCUAACCGGGCCCGUUCAGAACAUACUUCAUCUGCCUGUUCCGCCGACGACGCAAAAUGCAAUGCUCAUUUGUAAAUUAAUGUUAGCCAAGGGUUCAGCAAUCUCCAAGCUGAACGAGUAUCUUCGCUCGGAUGAUGACUGGGCGAAGGAAGAGGUUCUCGGUGCUGUUUUGCAGUUCCUUGUGGUGGAAUUUAUAUAUGGCGAAUUGGAGGUUGCGCGAGCUCACGUCAAAGGAUUCAGGGAAAUUGUUCGACUUCGAGGAGGGUUUCCCUCCCAUGGCGUCGGUGCCCUGGUCACCAAGUCUGCUUUGAUAAACGAUAGCUCGAUUGCCCUUUGGGCAGAGGAGGCGGCCAUGAUGGAAAGAUCAUCCAAAUUCGGUUUCUCCUUCGACCCGCCUGGUGUAGGUCGCUUCAAAGUAAGAUAUAAUUGUCCUCUGGGACCCUCAUCGGUGACAUUCAGAUCCUGCGAGGAUGUGCUCGGGAUACAUCCAGCGACUGCGUCCAUCUUGGACGAUAUUAGGUUCCUCAUCGACCUCGCUCUCGUUGCACCCCUGAAUCCGAGCCCAGCACAAGCACGCAAACUCGCAGCAACAGCCACGUGGAUUCUAGAUCGCAUUAGGAAACUCGACCCCAAGUCCCCAGAAGGGCCAGCGAGCCCUAAUCAAGGCUGUAAUGCCGACCUUGGCUGCCAGUCGACCGACGACUCCGCUUGUAAAGAAGUGAAGCCGCACUCUCUUAUUUCGAGUUACCCAUCAUACAUUUCCAUUGCGCAGGAAGCAAAGUCCCCAGACGCUGCUAGCGACGACGAAGAACUGUCAAGUCGGGCAUCGGAAGAUUCUUCACCUGCGGAUUCCACAACCUGGGUCCAUUGCGACGGAACAAAAUGUGAUGCAGCGGGUGGAGCUUCCAAGGAAGAUGCACUAUACAUCAGUGUGCGCCUGGCAGCACUCAUAUAUGCCAAAGCAAUCGCAAAGAGGAAGCCCUUGAGCUCAGUGUGCCCGCCAUCGGAUGCGUUGGCGCUGCUUUCUACCACUUGGAAGAUUCCCCUUUCGCGGUGGCGCGGAGCGAUUGGCGUCUUUGUCUUUUUGAUGUUGUCGAUUUUCCCAACCUGUAGAUGGAUAGAGUCUCCCCCAGAGAACGGCGACGAAAACGACCGGCGUUUGGGCAAUAAAACCAGGAGGAGUCAGAGCCGGUCACCCAGUGUCGAGGCGGAGGAGACGAAUGAGAAUGGGGAAAGCGAAGAAGCGAGAAGCUUGGGGCAGGAUGCUAAAGAAAUGGCUGCCGAGGAAUCAUUGAGGCCUCAUGUCAGCUUUGUGAAAUCCAUCGUCCAGGCCGGCUUGACACAGAUGGGAAUAGAGGAUUGGUCGCUAUGCGCCGAUAUUCUGAGACGGGCUUUGAGCUUGCAAAAGUGGCUUGGACGGCAAAAGAUGUGA